AAAGCAAGAUGGCGGCGCCCUUAUGGCGAGCCGCGCUGCGGGUCGGCUGGGGGUGUCCGGGCUUUAGCACGUCGGCCGCCCUGAGCCGCCGGACCCCGCCGCUGGGCCCGAUGCCCAACGAGGACAUCGACGUGAGCAACCUGGACCGGCUGCAGAAGUACCGGAGCUUCCGUCGCUACCGGCGCCGCGCGGAGCAGGAGGCGCGGGCCCCGCACUGGUGGCGGACCUACCGGGACUACUUCGGGGCGAAGCCAGAUCCUAAAGACAAAAUUGACAUUGGGCUGCCCCCUCCCAAAGUGAACCGGGCCCAGCAGCUCCUGGAGCGAAAGCAGUUCCUCAGAGAACUCCGUGCCAAUGUGGAGGAGGAGAGGGCUGCACGCCUGGGCACAGCAAGCAUCCCUCUGGAAGCGGUGCGGGCCGAGUGGGAGCAAACCUGCGGCCCUUACCAUAAGCAGCGCCUGGCCGAGUACUGUGGCCUCUACCGGGACCUGUUUAAUGGCGCCACCUUUGUGCCCCACGUUCCCCUGCACGUGGCCUAUGCUGUCGGGGAGGACGACCUGAUGCCCGUGUACCACGGCAACGAGGUGACCCCCACCGAGGCCGCCUGCGCCCCAGAAGUGAGCUAUGAGGCAGACAAGGGUUCCCUGUGGACACUGCUGCUCACCAACCUGGAUGGACACUUGCAGGAGCCUGACGCUGAAUACCUGCACUGGCUGGUCACCAACAUCCCGGACAACAGAGUGACAAAAGGCCAAGAGACGUGUCCCUAUCUGCCCCCCUUCCCUGCGCGUGGCUCUGGCUUCCACCGACUUGUCUUCUUGCUCUUCAAGCAGGACAGGCCCAUCGAUUUCUCUGGGGACACCCGGCCCACACCCUGCUACCAGCUGGCCCAGCGAACCUUCCACACGUUCCAUUUCUACAAGAAGCAUCAGGAGGCCCUGACCCCGGCCGGCCUGGCCUUCUUCCAGUGCCGCUGGGAUGAGUCGGUCACCCACAUCUUCCACCAGCUUCUGGACAUGCGGGAACCCGUGUUUGAAUUUGUCCGCCCCCCGCCUUACCACCCCAAGCAGAAGCGCUUCCCACACCUGCAGCCGUUACGCUAUCUGGACCGGUACCGGGACGCUUACGAGCCCACCUAUGGCAUCUAUUAGUAACCACAGUGCCACCCGGAAGCUCAGCACUGGAGACAGGAGGCCCGAGUUCCCG